AUGACGAUGGGCGUGGGCACGUUUCGGUGGAUGGCCCCCGACGGUCCGUCCCUCCGAGAGCGCGUACUCACUCGCAUGCUCCUCUCAGAGUUUGACUCGCACCACAUUCCGUACCAAGAUUUGACCAACCCGACGACGGGCAAGCCGCUCGCAGACCCCGCGAUCAUCGGUGGCGUCUUGAACGGCUCGAUCAAGCCGACUUUCAGCGAGACGUGUCCGGUUUGGGUCAAGGCGCUGGCCGAUGGUUGUCUUCAAUUCAGCGCAGUCGACCGCCCGACGAUCUACGAGGUGGCAGCGACAUUAGCCAAAAUCCAAGUAGCGUGA